AUGUGAUGUGGUUGUGGUGGCGCGGCGGAGCCUCUUUCUUCUUCUUCUUCUCCUCCUCCUUCUCCUCCUCCUCCUUCUUCUUCUUUUUAUUCUUCUUCUUGGCCUCUCCUCCUCUCGUGCGCUGCUCGGAAUGGCGCGCUUCACGGACGAGAUGCCGUCCCGCUACGGCGGCGCCGGGGGCGGCGGCGCGCAUGCGCACGGCCACGCGCAUGGCCACGGCCACGGGCACGCGCAAGGUGGUCCCGCGCGCGGUGGCGUCGGCGGAAGUGGCCCUGGAAGGCAAGGAGGCCCCCCUGGAGCCCACCGGGUCUACAAGCAGUCCAUGGCCCAGCGCGCCCGGACCAUGGCCCUGUACAACCCCAUCCCGGUCCGGCAGAACUGCUUCACCGUCAACCGCUCGCUGUUCAUCUUCAGCGAGGACAACUUCGUGAGGAAGUACGCCAAAAAGAUCACCGAGUGGCCUCCGUUUGAGUACAUGAUCCUGGCCACCAUCAUCGCUAACUGCAUUGUCCUCGCUCUGGAACAGCACCUGCCCGACGGGGACAAGACGCCCAUGUCUGAGCGCCUGGAUGACACAGAACCCUAUUUUAUCGGCAUUUUUUGCUUCGAGUCUGGCAUUAAGAUCCUGGCUCUGGGCUUUGCUUUCCAUAAGGGCUCCUACCUCCGCAAUGGCUGGAACGUGAUGGACUUUGUAGUGGUGCUUACUGGAAUUCUCUCCACAGUGGGCUCAGACUUUGACCUGAGAACUCUGCGAGCUGUGAGAGUGCUGAGGCCGCUUAAGUUGGUCUCAGGAAUUCCCAGCCUGCAGGUGGUGCUGAAAUCCAUCAUGAAGGCUAUGAUCCCACUGCUGCAGAUUGGCCUGUUGCUCUUCUUUGCUAUCCUCAUGUUCGCCAUUAUUGGUCUGGAGUUUUACAUAGGCAAAUUCCACACCACCUGCUUUGACGAAAUCACUAAUGAAAUUCGGGAGGAGUUUCCCUGUGGAACAGAGCCACCGUCCCGCCUUUGUCCAAACGGGACCACCUGUAAGUUGUACUGGCUGGGACCCAACUAUGGCAUCACCCAGUUCGACAACAUUCUGUUCGCCGUGCUCACUGUCUUCCAGUGCAUCACCAUGGAGGGCUGGACUGACCUGCUCUACUAUAGUAACGAUGCCUCAGGCAGUGCAUGGAACUGGAUGUACUUCAUCCCCCUCAUCAUCAUCGGAUCAUUCUUCAUGCUUAACCUGGUGCUGGGUGUGCUGUCAGGGGAGUUUGCCAAAGAGAGGGAGCGUGUGGAAAACAGGAGAGAGUUUCUGAAGCUGAGGCGGCAGCAGCAGAUUGAGAGGGAGCUGAAUGGGUAUCUGGAGUGGAUCUGCAAAGCAGAAGAAGUGAUCCUGGCUGAUGAAGAUAAUGAUGCUGAUGACCGGAUGCCCUUUGAUGGAUCAAGGAGAAGGCCCACCAUCAAGAAAAGCAAAAACGACCUGUUGAAUCCAGAGGAGGGGGAUGGAGACCUCACACUGGGUUCUCCAUUUGCGCGGGCCAGUUUGAAGAGUUCUAAACUGGAGGGCUCGUCGUUCCAUAAGAAGGAGCGUCGCCUGCGUUUCUUUAUUCGCCACAUCGUGAAGACCCAGGCUUUCUACUGGACAGUGCUGUGUCUGGUGGGCCUGAACACUCUGUGUGUAGCGGUGGUUCAUUACGACCAGCCAGAACUACUCUCGGAUUUUCUCUACUUCGCAGAGUUUAUCUUUUUGGGUAUCUUCAUGUCUGAGAUGUGCGUUAAGAUAUAUGGACUGGGGACCAGGCCUUACUUUCACUCCUCUUUCAACUGCUUCGACUGCAUCGUCAUAUGUGGCAGCAUUUUCGAGGUGCUCUGGGCUAUGAUCCAGCCUGGGACCUCGUUUGGGAUCAGUGUGUUGCGAGCUCUCAGGUUAUUGAGGAUCUUCAAGGUGACCAAGUACUGGGCUUCUCUAAGGAACCUGGUGGUGUCUCUGCUGAACUCAAUGAAGUCCAUCAUCAGCUUGCUUUUCCUCCUCUUCCUCUUCAUCGUGGUCUUUGCCCUUCUUGGCAUGCAGCUUUUCGGAGGACAGUUCAAUUUUGAAAGUGGCACACCCCCAACAAACUUUGAUACCUUUCCUGCAGCAAUAAUGACAGUGUUUCAGAUCCUGACUGGGGAAGACUGGAACAUGGUGAUGUAUGAUGGGAUUGAGUCUCAGGGAGGAGUCAACACGGGCAUGGUCUUCUCCGUUUUCUUCAUCGUUCUCACUCUCUUCGGCAACUACACUUUGCUGAAUGUAUUCUUGGCCAUUGCUGUGGACAAUCUUGCCAAUGCACAGGAGCUGACCAAGGAUGAGCAGGAGGAAGAAGAGGCAGCCAAUCAGAAAAUUGCUCUUCAGAAGGCUAAAGAGGUGGCUGAAGUGAGUCCGCUGUCUGCAGCCAAUCUCUCCAUUGCAGCUAAGGAGCAACAGAAGAACCAGAAGAACCAUAAGGGUUCUAAGUCGGUGUGGGAGCAGCGCACCAGUGAGCUGCGGAGGCAAACCCUAAUGACCAGCAGGGAGGCACUCUACAAUGAGCUGGACCCCGAGGACCGCUGGAAGGUGUCCUAUUCUCGCCACAUCCGCCCGGACAUGAAGACUCAUUUAGACCGGCCACUGGUAGUGGACCCACAGGAGAACCGCAACAACAACACCAACAAAAUGCGACCAGGUGAGGCCCAGCGGAGUGGUCAGGAGCCUCUGCACAAACCACCAGCCUUCCACCCCACUGGCCCUGGACGGCCACUAGAGAGAGGAGAGUCCACAGAGUCGAACCGGAGCCGCAGAGAUGGUGGCAACCACAGCAACUCACAAACACCACCACAAGGGGGCAGCGAGGGGCCUGAGGGUGGUGUGAGAGAGCCCCACCGGAGGCGGGCGGGGCAGAGCGGACAGAGUGGACGCUCACGCCGCAGGACGGAGGGAGGGACAGAGUGUGAGCAUGAAGAUGGAGUGGAGCGCAGGCAGAGGCGCCAUCGCCACAGUGACAGAGAGAAAAGGGAGAAAGGAGAGCAAGGAGAGAGGGUUCGGCAUCGUACCCGAAAGGAUGGUCACAGCAGUGGCCCCACUUUAUCCACCACUCGACCCAUUCAGAAAACUCUGUCCAGGCAGAAUAGCCAGUACAGUGAAGAUCUGGACAACGUCAUGAAUAACAAGCUAGCCACUCAGCCCCUGGUGCCCUUAGCCACCCGCAAACACUCCACGCCCCACAGCAGCCUGUUGAGCCUGACCAACAGCACCCAUGGCACCCACCUGGGCACAGAGAGUAGCCUCAUCCUUACCAACCCUACCUCCAACACAGCUAACCUGGCUAACAUUGCUAACCUUGCUAAUCUGGCUAACCUGGACACCAAGCUUGACUACACUGCCAUUGACAUGCCGCCUAUAUUUCCCUCCACCAAUGCCAUCCUGCAGGUCAAUAAGAAUGCCAACACAGAACCACUGCCGAAGAAGGAAGAUACUAAAUGUGACGAUGAUGAUGACAAAGAUGAUGGAGGGCCUAAACCCAUGCCUCCUUAUAGCUCCAUGUUCAUUCUGUCCACAACCAACCCGUUUCGACGGUUGUGUCAUUAUGUUGUAACUCUGCGGUACUUUGAGAUGUGUAUUUUGCUGGUCAUCGCUAUGAGUAGCAUUGCUCUGGCUGCUGAAGACCCUGUAUGGCCUGACUCCCCCAGAAAUAAUGUCCUGCGUUACUUUGACUAUGUCUUCACGGGUGUGUUCACCUUUGAGAUGCUUAUAAAGAUGGUGGAUCUGGGGUUGGUGCUUCAUCAGGGCUCCUAUUUCCGUGACUUGUGGAAUAUUCUGGACUUUAUUGUGGUUAGUGGUGCCCUGGUGGCCUUCGCCUUCACUGGAGGAGGUGGAGGAGGAGAGGGCGGCGGCAGCGGUGGAAGCAGUAAGGGGAAAGACAUCAGUACUAUAAAGUCUCUUCGUGUACUGAGAGUGCUACGGCCCCUCAAGACCAUCAAACGCCUGCCCAAGCUCAAGGCUGUCUUUGAUUGUGUGGUGAACUCGCUGAAGAACGUGCUGAACAUUCUCAUCGUCUACAUGCUCUUCAUGUUCAUUUUCGCUGUGGUGGCAGUGCAACUCUUCAAGGGCAAAUUCUUUUACUGCACAGACGAGUCCAAAGAGUUUGAACGUGACUGCAGAGGUGAAUAUCUGGUGUAUGAGCGGGAUAACGAAGUGAAGGCGCAGAAGCGGGAGUGGAAGAAGUACGAUUUCCACUACGACAACGUGCUUUGGGCCCUGCUCACCCUCUUCACUGUAUCCACCGGAGAGGGGUGGCCGCAGGUACUGAAACACUCAGUCGAUGCGACUUACGAGAAUCAGGGCCCUAGCCCGGGGUACCGGAUGGAAAUGUCCAUCUUUUACGUGGUGUACUUCGUGGUCUUCCCCUUCUUCUUCGUCAACAUCUUCGUGGCUCUCAUAAUCAUAACCUUCCAGGAGCAAGGAGACAAGAUGAUGGAGGACUACAGUCUAGAAAAGAAUGAGAGAGCCUGCAUAGACUUUGCCAUCAAUGCCAAGCCUCUGACCCGCCACAUGCCUCAGAAUAAGCAGACGUUCCAGUACCGAAUGUGGGAGUUUGUGGUGUCUCCGCCAUUCGAGUACACUAUCAUGGCCAUGAUUGCCCUCAACACCAUCGUGCUCAUGAUGAAGUAUUAUGGAGCUUCAGACACCUAUGAGAAAAUGCUAGUCAACCUGAACAUUGUUUUCACCUCGCUGUUCUCCCUGGAGUGUGUGUUGAAGAUCAUUGCCUUUGGAGCACUGAACUACUUCAAAGACGCCUGGAACAUCUUUGACUGGGUGACCGUGCUUGGCAGCAUCACUGAUAUUUUAGUCACGGAGCUAGGGAUGAAUAACUUCAUCAAUCUGAGUUUUCUGAGACUCUUCAGAGCUGCCCGUCUGAUUAAGCUGCUCAGACAGGGUGAGACCAUUCGCAUCCUGCUCUGGACCUUCGUCCAGUCUUUUAAGGCUUUGCCAUACGUGUGCCUACUCAUCGCUAUGCUGUUCUUCAUCUAUGCCAUCAUUGGGAUGCAGUUGUUUGGGAACAUUAAGAUUGAGGAGGAUGGAGACAGUGCCAUCAACCAACACAACAACUUCAGGACCUUCUUCCAGGCUCUUAUGCUGCUUUUCAGGAGUGCUACAGGAGAGGCAUGGCAUGAAAUCAUGCUGUCGUGUUUGGGGAACAAGGACUGUGAUCCCCUGUCGGGGAAUACAGAGUCGGAGUGUGGCAGCGAGUUUGCGUACCUCUAUUUUGUCUCCUUCAUCUUCUUGUGCUCCUUCCUGAUGUUGAAUCUAUUUGUGGCCGUCAUCAUGGAUAAUUUUGAGUACCUCACGCGGGACUCCUCCAUUCUGGGUCCUCAUCACCUGGAUGAAUAUGUGAGGAUUUGGGCGGAGUAUGACCCUGCAGCCUGCGGGCGCAUUCAUUAUAAGGAUAUGUACAGUUUAUUGCGAGUAAUCGACCCCCCUCUGGGCUUAGGAAAGAAAUGUCCUCAUAGGGUGGCCUGCAAGAGACUGCUGCGGAUGGAUCUGCCAGUUGCCGACGACAACACAGUGCACUUUAACUCCACCCUCAUGGCCUUAAUCCGCACCGCUCUGGACAUAAAGAUCGCCAAGGGUGGGGAAGGUGGUGUUGAUAAGCACCAGAUGGACGCAGAACUGAGGAAGGAGAUGAUGGCGAUUUGGCCAAAUCUGUCACAGAAAACUCUGGACCUGCUGGUCACUCCACACAAGUCAGCGACAGACCUGACAGUGGGUAAAAUCUACGCUGCCAUGAUGAUUAUGGAGUAUUACAGACAGAGCAAAGCCAAGCGGACCCAGGCUCUCAGAGACGAACAGAAUCGAACGCCAUUAAUGUUUCAGCGCCUGGAGCCGCCAUCCCCAACACAGGAAGCGGGACAGGGACUCAACGGCCUUCCUGAACCACACUCAGGCCCUGCCAACAGUCUGGCGGUGGAUGGAGGCAUCCCAGAGAGCCAGUCAUGGGUGACAGCCAGAGCCCAGGAGAUGUCUCAGAAAGCUGGAAGCUGGAGCCCAGAGGGUCCACUCCCAGAGAACAUGGCUGAGAACCGGCCAUCUUCACAGACGGUAGAGAUGAGAGAGAUGGGGCGGGACGGAUUCUCGGACACUGAGCACUUCCUGCCAAUGGAAGGCCACGGCAGGGCUGCUUCCAUGCCUCGACUCCCAGCAGACAACCAACAGCCGAGGAGGAGAGGAAGGCAUCGGGGGAAUAACCUCGGUACCAUCACAGACAGCAGCCCGAUGAAGCGUUCAGCAUCAUCGCUGGGUCACGGGCGUUUGGGCCGGGUGUCACGGGGCGAGGAUUACGCUAUGGACCGGGUAAUUCCGGAGGAAGGGCAGAGACACGGGCAUCGGCGCAGAGAACGCAGCCACCGCGCCUCUGAGCGUUCACUCAGCCGCUACACCGAUGCUGACACAGGUUUGGGCACAGACCUGAGCACCACGACCCAGUCCGGUGACCUUCCGCCCAAAGAGAAGGACAGAGACCGGGGCAGAGCAAAGGACCGCCGGCACCACCACCAUCACCACCAUCACCACGGCUCCAUGGAGAAGGAGCGCUACACGCCUGAAAGAGAGCGAGGGGAGUAUGGGCACAGGCCACCACGAGAGAGGGACCGUCGCUGGUCUCGCUCACCUAGUGAGGGCCGCGAGUGCCUCACUCACAGACAGGGCAGUAGUUCAGUGAGCGGAAGCCCUGCCCCCUCGACGUCCGGGACCAGCACGCCCAGGAGAGGGCGCCGCCAGCUGCCCCAAACCCCUGCCACCCCACGGCCCCAUGUCACCUACUCACCUGUGGUCCGCAAACCUGUGGCCACGCCCCCUUCCGGCCCUCAGACCCGUCUCCCUACUCCCACACCACCCCACCACCCGCUGCCCCCAUCACACCAUGGCUCUCCUAGGCAUGGCCGCUGGUGCCCAGGAACCUCGGAGGGCACGGUGAUGAUGGGCGAUGGUGGUUUCUAUGACGACCAGGACUAUGAUUUUGGCCGCCAUGAGCCUCCGGCCUAUGAUCAAAGCCCACCUGCCCAGGGCAACCCUCACCACCCUCAUAACUCUCCACACCCACGUUCACCCAGGACUUCCCGCCAUGUUCCCGUCCAGCAGGGCCAGUCGGUACCCCCCCCAGCCCGCCGGAUGCCCAACGGGUACCGCUCCUCUUCACCUUCCCCCCACCACCACCCACCUGCACACCCCGGACCCCACAAACCUCCACACCCCAGAGGGCCCAGGAAGGGCCUGCAUGAACCCUACAGUGAGACUGAUGAGGACGACUGGUGCUAGCCUCUGGGGAAAGGGGAGGGAGGGAAAAAGGGGAAAAGAGAACAAGGGAGCGCUUGGGCACUCGCUGGAAUGGGACUCUGCCACAGAGGAGGCCACAGCAAAAGCCACAUCGAAGGCUAUAAUGAAGGCCACCUCGAAGGCCAUCUUGAAGACCACCAUGAAGGCUACAAUGAAGGCCGUAACAAAGGCCAGAUGCUUCCCCAAGUCUGCAUGCUCCAGGGAAGCACUAAAUGUGCUUGGAGGCUCCAAAAGAGAAAAUCAAGGCAUGAUUCUUUCCUUUCUGUUCUUUGUGUUUUCUCUUUCCUCUAAUGUUUCCCUGUGUUUUGGACUGCUUAAAGUGAACAUAAGGACAAGGGAAGCAUAACAUGGGGAAAAAUGUAGGUAAAAAAUACCAACACUGGAAGAAGAAAAGAAAAAAGUGGACUUGCGUAACAUUAUAAUUCAGAGGAGAAAUGUACUGCACUCUUUUCCGGACACAUUGUUCAUGCAGAAAGUGACGUAUCACAGUCAUCACUGGCCAGAACUCUCACUUGAGUUGAGAAGCUACACGGAGAAUCAACACUCGCUUUACACAACUUGACCUGGAGCUCCGUCUAAUUGCAAAAAUCCACCCACAUGUUGGGUAAUAUUGAUGAGUUUUAUCAUCUGUGUUUACUGUUAAUAAUUAUUUCAGUAAGGAUGAGGCCUCUGGCUAUUUGCGUGUGUGUGUGUGUGUGUGUGUGUGUGUGUGUUUGUGUGUAUGAGGGUGGGUUUUUGCCAAAAAAAAAAAAAAAAAAAGUUAGGGGUCAGGCAGGGGCGCAUACACACCCUGACUGAGUUUUUGGGAACUGUCAUGGCUACCGACCCCACCAAACUCAAGAGAGAAGAAAAUACAAAAAAGCGAAAAGAGGGGAGGAAAAAAAAUUAACAAAACGGUCUUCACUCUUUCUUCUUCUACGGCUUCUUCUUCUACUUCUUGUUGGAAACAUUGGAGCUUGAUUCUUCUGUUGCACUGCUCAGCUUUGUUUGAACUCCUAGAAUAAAAAAAAUCCCUCGGAAAAAUCCUGCAUGAUUGAAACAACAGCAAAAGAAAAAAAAACAAACAAAGAAACUUUGAAUGGAUUGGGGGAGGGGGGGGUAAAUUUCUUCGUCCUUUCUUUAUGUCUGUGAAGUUCUCUCUCUCCAGUCCCUGGCCUCCCUCCCUUUCACUCCUCUCUGAAAUCAUCCCUCGUUCUUUUAGGGAUGGCACAAAGGGGACAAGAGGCAGACACCACCUUCAGAUUUCUUAUUACAGUAUGGUGUGAGCGCUUCCCACCGUGGUUUUAUAACAGAUACUUUGCCAAAUGACCAAACUACUAAAUAGUAAUAAUAAUAAUAAUAAAGCAAGAUCGUCGUCAACUUAUUAGCAGUUAUUUUGAAGCUAGCAUUUUCUAACAUCUUUUAACAUUCCUUUUGCACUGUAUCAAUUGUUUGCUUACUUGCACAAAACUGACAGACAUGCAAGCACACUGAUCCCUCACAUCCACACGAACAUGCUCACACCCAUUUUGAAUACAUGUAUAUACACAGUUUACGUGAACUCUUUUCCCCUUACUCCAGUCUUCCAGGGUGUGAUGGAGUGAGAAGGGAGCGGAGGAGGAGAGAAGAGAGAGAACCACUUCAUCUUUCUAUUAGAUUUGUUAUUAAAAACGUUGUUUAUACAAAGAAAAGAUACCAGAAUGACAAUAACGGCGAUGAUGAUGAUGAUGAUGAUGAUGAUGUCGAUGUCGAUGCUUUGAUUUCAUAUCUAGUUUUCGUUAUUUGACUCAGCUGUGCUCUUCGUAUUGCCAUAUUUGUUUCAGUGUGGUUCUGUUCGUGUGGUACGUGGAGCUCUGUGGCAGCAAUGCAUUCUGGGCCAUGGUAGACUCGCCUCAUACCUCCAGCUAAUUUGCUCUUUAGCAGCUAAUUAGCAUGGACACUUGUCACUGACUUCAUCAAAAAAGAAUGAGCCACAUACUGUCCUGGAAUGUAAAGACAGCUAUUUUCAUAGAUGCAAAGUGAAGAAAUAAGGUAUGCUGAGUAAUAUAUGUAUAUGAAAUGUGAAUCAAUGCAAAUGUACAUAGUUCAAAUUUUAAGUAACCUGAGCUCAAAAAUCUAAAAAAAAAAAUAUUUUUGAUGACUACGAUCAUACAGAAUUACUGAUGGUACUUAUAUCAGAUCUUAUAUCAAAGCUAGAGAAGACAUUAAUAUAUAUAUAUAUAUAUAUAUAUAUAUAUAUAUAUAUAUACACACACACACACACACACACACACACACACACACACACACACAUAUAUAUAUAUAUAUAUAUACAUAUUAGAGUUUCCCAGAACAUGUUAUCUAUUGACUAUCUCAAGUAAAAGGGACCUGUAUGAGAUAAGAGAUCAUUCACUGUGGGAAUCCCCACCAAACUGUUCAUUUCCAUGUAAUCUUUUUAGAUGCCCCUUUUUUACUAUUUUAGAUUGAUUCCAUAAUAGUUUCUUUUCGGUGAAAUGUUAAAUGUGGACACUGGGGUUGCUAGCAUAACGUGACUGGCAUAAUGUGUAAAUGUAUAUUUGAAGAAGGAACAGAGCUCCACUACCUCUAGCAUAUCAAUAGAUGGCACUGUGCUCCACACAGUUCUAGCCUGUAGUCCUGAUUCACACUCUUGUCACAUCUCUUUCUGUUCCAUGUCGAUUUAUGUCGAUGAUCUGUAACACUGGGAGUAGGACUUUUAAUGUCUGUCACCGACGGUGCACCAUUCUGUGUUCAGGACAUGUAACACAGCCAAUCCAACUGCACAGGAACAUGUAACACAGCCAAUCAAAUUGCAUGGGUGAAACAAUGACCGGGCCUUUUCUGCCAAAAAACUCUU